AUGACAAAGGAUUUUUAUCGUCAGUUAGACCCCGUCGAAGAGAGGAUUGUUCCACCAGAAAACGCCAUAGUAGUUUCCUCGGAGGCUAGAGAGGCCAAUGUUAAUGAAAAGGAAGCUAAGCAAGGUGUUCUUUCGCAAAGGGUUAUGAGGUUUAUCGGAGAAAAUGAGCUGGUAGACGGUAUAUCGGUACGUGAUCCUGAUUACCUGAAGAGAUUUUUCAACGAAAGAAGAAAACAGUUUUCUACUAAAUGGGACAAGGUAACAAGAAAAGUAGAUAACGUCGUCGGCAGAUAUUAUGCUCGUGAACAGAACUUCACAUCGACGAUUGCUAGUUUACAUACCGAUCCAAACGAACGCCUAAUACCGGGAUUCUCGUCUAUUUUGGUUGCUUUCAUGACAGGUUCUGUCUUGACAAGAAGAAAAACAUGGCUUCUUCGUGCAACCAUGCCCAUUAUACUGGGAUCGUGUUGUUUUGCAUAUGCAAUGCCAACUACCUUCAGAAACACCAUGUAUCUCAUCCAUGAUUUGGAAAUGAACACCUUUCCACGCUUUGUCGAGAGACAAGAUCAUGUAUGGAAAGAAAUUAAAAGAUUUAGUACCGCAUCUGUGCAAUGCUACUAUGAUGCCAGGAAGUGGCUGAACAAGGAUGUAGAAAAAACAGGGGAUUCAAUCAAAGAUUGGACUGGUAUAAACGUGAAAUAA